AUGAUUUCAUCCACACCAACAACAGAUAACACCAACAAACCAAAGAAAUCCAUCUCGGAGAUGGAUGAUGAUGAAUUACUCAAAUACGGAGAGCAAAUAGAAUUAACUGAAGAGGAUUUAAAAGAGCUCGGCUCCGAUAUUGAGGAUGAUGAAGAAUUGAAACCAUACAUUAAAAUUAAGAGAGAGCAAAAAAGCAAUAAUAAGACUCGAAACAAGGGUUCAACUACAGAGGAAAAUGCAAAGGACACUACGACAAGUAAUUCUGAUAUCUCGGACACGACAUCAUCAUCAAAUCCAGAAAAAGUUCUUCCGCCUAAUCCAUCAUUCAUUCCGACGUUAUUUCAUCCCGUGAAUAUUACUGCAAGAAACAAAUUCUUUGUGACUACCAUUGCAAUGUUUACUUUACCACUUAUUGCAUUUUAUUAUUCCUAUCAUUAUUUAUUGAAUGGUGUUAUUGUUGAAUAUUCAGCACAUAAUCGAUUAAUUUAUGGAGCAGUUGCUGCUGUUGUCACUGUUCAAAUUGUGAUUGGUGCGUUCAUGUAUUCGUCAUUGAGCGAGCCAGAACCUGUGGAGACAGAAGAAGAGAAAAAGAAGAGAGAAAAUGAACUUAAAUUAGUCCGAAAUGUGCUCUUAUCGAAAGGUGACCUUUCAGAAUUUAGUACAAAGGCAAUUCUUGAAAGAAUGAAAAAGAAGAAAGAGGCUUCACAACAAGAAAGCACAGAAAAAACAAAAACAGAAUAG